AUGGAGUCUCUUAUUCCGGUAAUAAAUAAGCUGCAGGACGUGUUUUCAGCCGUUGGUACGCGCGAAGCCGAGAUCCAACUACCUCAGAUUGUCGUCGUUGGCUCACAGAGUGCAGGCAAGAGUUCUGUUCUCGAAGGAAUAGUCGGUCGAGAUUUUUUGCCCAGAGGGUCCGGUAUAAUCACUCGACGACCUCUUAUUCUGCAAUUAAUUAAUGUUCCAUUAUAUGAUAAAGAAGAAUUCACAUCGAUGCUGAGGAAUGGGGAAUAUUUGAUCAUUGGUAUUUGUGGCAUUCCAAUUUGCUUAAAAAUUUAUUCGCCUAAUGUUGUUAACUUAACUCUGAUUGAUUUGCCUGGAAUUACAAAAGUUCCGGUCGGUGAUCAGCCCACUGAUAUCGAGGGCCAAGUUCGCGAUAUGAUAAUGAAUUAUAUAAUGAAUCCAAAUUCAAUAAUUCUUGCUGUCACGCCCGCAAAUCAAGAUUUCGCUACUUCAGAGCCACUGAAAUUUGCUCGAGAAGUUGAUUCAGAUGGAUGUCGUACCCUCGCAGUGUUGACAAAAUUAGAUUUGAUGGAUCAUGGUACUGAUGCGAUGGAUGUUUUGACUGGAAGGGUUGUUCCAGUAAAGCUUGGCAUUAUUGGCGUUGUUAAUCGUUCUCAAGCAGAUAUUAUUAAUAAAAAAAGCAUAUCAGAUUGUCUGCGAGACGAACAGUCAUUCUUGCAACGAAAGUAUCCAACGUUAGCCAGUCGCAAUGGAACCUUUAAUUUAGAAUAUUUUCAGUUGCUUAUGCAUCAUAUUCGAGAAUGUUUACCCCAGUUGAAAAUGCGUGUCAAUGUUAUGAUGGCUCAGUGUCAGACUUUGCUGAAUUCUUACGGUGAACCUGUUCAAGAUCCAUCUCGAACACUGCUACAGAUUAUCACUCGCUUCGCAACAGCUUAUACAGCGACGAUCGAAGGAACUUCUAAAAAUAUCGAAACAUCCGAACUAUGUGGUGGUGCUCGAAUAUGCUAUAUAUUUCACGAAACAUUUGGUCGUGUUCUUGAGUCAAUUGAUCCUCUUGGUGAUCUCACACAACUUGAUAUUCUUACUGCCAUACGAAAUGCUACAGGUCCACGACCUGCCCUCUUUGUUCCAGAAGUAAGUUUUGAAUUGCUUGUCAAGCGCCAAAUUCGUCGUCUGGAGGAACCCAGUUUACGUUGUGUGGAGCUUGUUCAUGAGGAGCUUCAACGAAUCGUUCAGCACUGUGGCCUUCACACACAACAAGAAAUGCAACGUUUUCCACGUUUAUAUGAUAAAAUAAAUGAAGUGGUAAGCAGUGUUUUAAAGAGUCGUCUUGUUCCAACGAAUGAAAUGGUUGAGAAUCUUGUAGCAAUUGAAUUGGCGUAUAUCAAUACAAAACAUCCUGAAUUUACUGAUGCAUCACUCGUCAGUAUUUUAAAGGCAAAUUUUUUUUUUGUAAAAUCCAGACUAAGUGGCUGGUUGUUUGGUAGUGCUAUUAGAAAUGCUGUUCAGUCACCCUUAUCUGCACAUCGUGCUGUUAAUUUUUUGCCUGAAGUGCCUGAAAAAGCAAUAAGCCGUAAACUUACAGCGCGUGAACAAAGGGAUUGUCAAAUUAUCGAAAGGCUUAUCCGAAGUUAUUUUUUAAUUGUUCGCAAAAAUGUUCAGGAUGCUGUUCCUAAAGCCAUUAUGCACUUUCUGGUAAAUUAUGUUCGAGAUAAUUUGCAAAGUGAAUUGGUAAGGCAGUUAUAUAAUCGUGAUACAGUCGAAGAAUUAUUAACUGAAAGUCCAAUUAUGGCACAAAGAAGAAAAGAAUCUGCUGAAAUGCUCGAGGCAUUGAAUAAAGCAAGUAUUAUAAUAGGCGAGAUCCGCGAGACGCAGAUUUGGUAA